GCCGCCAUUUAUCAUUUUUUGUCAUGCGCGCUCAGGGAUGCUACGAUAUUUCGUGCUCGUGAGUGUUUUUGAUACAAAGUGAAUUCAAAACUUCGUGAAACGUGUAAAACUUGUGUUGCUCUGUUAAUACUAGUGUUAACUUGACAGUGGUGUGUGUUUGUGUGUAAAAUACAUUCAAAAUGAAUAAAACUUGCGCGAGGUGUGAGAAAACUGUUUACCCGACAGAAGAGUUGAAAUGUUUGGACAAGGCGUGGCACAAAGGCUGUUUCAAAUGCCAGGAAUGCGGGAUGACGCUUAACAUGAGGACGUACAAAGGAUACGGGAAACUGCCGUACUGCGAGGCACACGUACCGAAGGCGAAGCACACGACGAUGGCAGAGACUCCUGAACUCAAGCGGAUAGCAGAGAACACCAAGCUGCAGAGCAACGUCAAGUAUCACGCGGACUUCGAGAAGAGCAAGGGGAAGUUUACACAGGUGGCAGACGACCCCGAGACCCUCAGGAUCAAGGCGAACACGAAGAUCAUCAGCAACGUGGCGUACCACGGGGACCUGGAGAAGAAGGCUCAGAUGGAGAAGCAGCGGCAGAUCAACGAGAAUGGAGAACUAGUCGACGUUCCCUCCGACAACUACCACCAGCAGCUCGAGAGCUACGCCAACGAGAUGCUACCAGUUCCACCACCACAGAAACAACCCCAAGUGUACCAGCCACCCCCGGCUUACCAGAACCAGAAUCAAAACCAGUCCUACCAGAAUCAGAACCAGCAAUAUCAGAAUCAGAGCUACCAGAGUAACCAUCAGCCGGUCUACAAUCAGAAUCAGUACCGACCUCAGCCGAAACAGUACGAAGACUACCAGCAGAAAUACGACGAAUACCAAAACCAGUUCGCGUACGGGCAGUACCAGCAGCCGGGAGCUAAUUAUGGGGUUGGGAGUCAGCAGAAGAUCGGUAGGAUUCAGGACUACGACCCGCUGGUGGACGGGCCGCGGGCCGCGCCUAACACGCAGCGGGCCUCCGCCACGCUCAUCUAUAAUAGCACCAGCGAUGGGAAGAGAGGGUCCCACCAUCAGCCGCAACAGGCGCAGAGCACGCGGCAGAUCGGUCGCGUGGCGGACCUGGACCCGCUGAGCUCCGAGCGCGCUGCCUACGCGGGCCCCGACCAGAACUACAUGCAAGUCAUGUCCAACAAGCACGAGCCUGAUGUACAGAAAGUGUACAUAGCGAUGUACGACUACGAGGCGAACGACAGCGAUGAGGUGUCGUUCCGCGAGGGCGACCUCAUUUCCAACGUGACGGCCAUCGACGAGGGCUGGAUGACGGGCCAGGUGCUGCGCACGGGCCGCACCGGCAUGCUGCCCGCCAACUAUGUGGAGCGUGCGCCGCACGGGACCUACACACACUAA